AUGACGACGACGACUGCGUCUCUGUUUGAAACUUCUCUUUUUCGGUGCCGCUCGUCUUCUUGUUCCAAGUUCAAAUACGAAUUUGAAUCUCCCGCGAAAACGGGAAUAUUAUCUCCGGCGAGCUGUAAACAUGUUGUCAGAUCGUUAAGAGCAUUGCGUAUCCGUUGCUCCUCCGAUGAUCCUGGAUCGGGUUCUGUUUUUCUUUCCAGUAGAAGAAAAAUGGCUGUCAUGUUGUCUACUGUUCAGCUUCUGUCUCAUUUGCUUCCGCCAAAAGGAAACGCAGCUGAUAUAUACGGAGUGAUGCAAAGCGAAAUUAGGAAAGUGGUGACGAAGGGUAAGGCUGCUGGUGUGCUUCGUCUAGUGUUUCAUGAUGCUGGAACCUUUGAACUUGACGAUAAUACAGGUGGAAUCAAUGGGUCUAUUGCUUAUGAACUGGAGAGACCUGAAAACACAGGUUUGAAGAAAUCCUUAAAGGUUCUGGCGAAAGCAAAGAUUAUGAUUGAUGCGAUACAACCCGUGUCUUGGGCGGAUAUGACCUCUGUCGCUGGGUCUGAAGCAGUUUCAAUAUGUGGCGGACCAACAAUUCCAGUUGUUUUGGGAAGACUUGAUUCAUCGCAACCUGAUCCAGAAGACAAGUUGCCUCCAGAAACCCUGAGUGCCUCUGGUUUGAAAGAAUGCUUCAAAAGAAAAGGAUUUUCGACCCAAGAACUUGUUGCUUUAUCUGGGGCACAUACGAUUGGGAGCAAAGGCUUUGGAGAUCCAUUUACUUUUGACAAUGCAUACUACAAAAUCCUCCUUGAAAAGCCUUGGACAUCCACAACGACAUCUAAAAUGACGAGCAUGGUUGGGCUUCCUUCGGAUCACGCCUUAGUCGAGGAUGAUGAGUGCUUAAGGUGGGUGAAACAAUAUGCGGAAGACCAAGACAAAUUCUUCAAAGACUUCACCAACGCUUAUAUCAAACUAGUCAAUUCUGGGGCCAAAUGGAAAACGCUUUGA